UGUGGUUCUGCCCAGAUACGGCCCCCACCACAGUGUUUGUGCGUGUGCGAGGAGGCUAAUGCCCGCGGAAGCGUGGUCGAGGCCAGAGGAGGAUGAGUCCGGCUGUGGAGGCUCAGGCCCAGGAGGCCAUGGACACAGAGCAGCAGCAGAAACAGCAGCAGCAGCAGAAGCAGCUGCAGCACCAGCAGUGCUACAUGGAGAAAGGGGUGAUGCUUGAGCCCUUCGUGCACCAGGUGGGGGGCCACUCCUGCGUCCUGCGCUUUGGGGAGCAGACCAUCUGCAAGCCCCUCAUCCCCCGUGAGCAUCAGUUCUACAAGAGCCUGCCCGCUGCCAUGAGGAAGUUCACCCCUCAGUACAGAGGUGUAGUGUCAGUGAGCUUCGAGGAGGAUGAGGAGGGGAAUCUUUGCCUCAUCGCUUACCCCAUCCACAGUGACCCAGCAGGGGACCUGGAGAACAAGGACCCCUCUGCUGACUGUGAGCCGAAGAGCAAGAUGCUCAAGUGGGGCAACAAGAUGGGCUCCUCCCCGCUUGUGGACAAUGACAACUACAGCAAUGAUGGCCGAAGCCGCCACUCCCGCAAAGACAAGGAUAAGAGUGGUCUUAAGCUCCCGGAGGACAUGGAGCUGGAGUGGCUGCAGCAGGCCGAGGUGCUCUACUACCGUCUGGAGCGCAGCCACAGCAACGCCGUCCCGCAGUUCACACACAACCCCUGGAGCCUCAAGUGUCACCAGCAACACCUGCAGAGGAUGAAGGAGAACGCCAAGCACCGCAACCAAUACAAAUUCAUCCUGCUAGAAAACCUUACGUGGCGCCACAACGUGCCGUGUGUGUUGGACCUGAAGAUGGGCACCCGGCAGCAUGGAGACGACGCUUCGGAAGAGAAGAAAGCCAUGCAGAUCCGCAAAUGCCAGCAGAGCACGUCAGCCUCCAUAGGAGUCCGCCUGUGUGGCAUGCAGGUGUAUCAGUCAUACUCGGGCCAGCUGAUGUUCAUGAACAAGUACCACGGCCGCAAGCUGACCUUGCCAGGCUUCAAGGAGGCCCUGUUCCAGUUCUUCCACAACGGACGCCGCCUGCGUCGCGAGCUGCUCUCCCCGGUGCUGCGCCGACUCAGGGAAAUGCAAGCCGCCCUGGAGGCCUGCGAGUCCUACCGCUUCUACUCCAGCUCCUUGCUCAUCAUCUACGACGGGGAGCCGCACCAAACACACGUGCGCCGACGCACCGAGGACAGCCUCUCCAGAGAAGAGGAGGAUGAAGUGGAGGAGGAAGAGGAGAUAGAGGAGGACAUUGUGGUGGUGGAAGAGGAGGAGGAGGAGGAGGAUGAAGUCGCAGGCGUGCUUGAUUUCCCCCACAGCCCCUCUGCAGCGAGCGGCAGCAGCAACAGUUGCUCCUCCAGCAGCAGCGGCGGCAGCAGCAGCAGCACUUGCGGUAAUCCAGUCAAAAGCCGCCGGUGCCUGUCCCGCUCAGACCCCCGCAGCCCCGUGGUGGAUGUGAGGAUGAUAGACUUUGCCCACACCACCUGCCGGCACUACGGGGAGGACAGUGUGGUCCACGAAGGCCAGGACAGUGGAUACAUCUUUGGUCUCCAGAAUCUGAUCACCAUCAUCUCCCAGCUGGAGGACCACAGCACAGACUAGACUGACAGCAUCAACACACACAGACAGACUUGUACACACACUCAAACACACAGAUGCACAAUUACACACAUUUUACAGUCUCUCUUUUUAUGACCCUUGGAAAAAAAAAACAAAAAAAACAGCAGGACUGGACUACAGAUGAGGAAAGGAACUGACUUUUCCGCUCCUCAUCCAUAUCGAAGAAGUUGCAGUAGCCAGCCCUUUCAGGGGUCUCCCCGUCUCUGUCAUUGGUGCUUCUCGAUGUUUCUGUCCUGUGUGUCUGUCUACGGGAUAGUGAGCAGAUCUGAAGGUAACAUAGAAAAGCCGUCUGUGAUCCUCUGUUUAAUCUCAGUGUCAGACUCAGUGUUUUACCCAUUGUCAUCCUGAUACAUUCUGUCUAAAAAAAAAAAAAAAGUGUUUUAACCCGGUUUGUUGUUUAGGCAAAAAAUUAGUUAGACAGCUAAUAAAGAGUAGUGCUGAAGUCCAAGAGAGCGGGCAUGCGUUUCCCCUGUGUCCCAUUCCAAAGAAAGUGCCAGCAUUUUGCACACAUAAACAUGCACACUUAAACACAUGGUGAUGAACGAGACUUGCUGUGUGCUGUCAGUGGGACAGGGCUAUCCGAGAGAGCAGGAGUUGUAUCUGUGUGAAGACGAGAGCCGAAGGGAGGACAGGUAAUGAUAUCUCACCCUCCAUUCUUCUUUCCUACAUGUCCAUUUUGCCGUCCCUCUUUCCCUGUUCCUCUUCAUUCAAAGAGACUAUAUUCAUAUUAGGUAUCAGAGACAGAAGAUAGAGAGAUAUUUAUUUAUUUGACAUGUUUCGUAAAAAAAUAAUCUAAGAAAACAAAAAAAGAAUGUGAAUGGAGAAUACUACAUUCCAUGUUAUUAAUGUUACAAUAAUGAUAUUAAUGAAUAUUGUUAUUUGAUAUGUUCAGAUACCUCUAUCUUGUAUAUCUGUGUUGUCCACAGUUUGUUGAAGGAGAAAUAAAGACUCGGUUUGUGCUAA